AUGACCUCAGCAUGGUUUAUCAAACAGUUAGGAAAAGGAAAAGGAGGUAUGGUGAAUAGAUCUUGGUUGGUGUACUCUCCUUUAAAAAGAGCAGCAUUCUGUUUUUCGUGUCUACUUUUUCCAUCAAAAGAUGCAGUCAGUAGCUGUUCUUCUUUAGAAACUGAAAGUGGUUUUAAUAGUUGGAAGAAACAAACCAAAAAAAAAAAAAAAAUUACUGCACAUGGGAAUUCUCAAAGGCAUCGAAAUUCUUUCACAACCUGGAAAGAAAUGGAAAGGAGGCUGAUAAAAAAAGAAAGUUUAAUAGAUGCCCAGCUUCAAAAUCAAAUUGCUACAGAGCAAGAAAAAUGGCGACAAAUACUUAAGAGGAUGUUGUGUUGCAUUCAGUAUUUAGCCAAACAAAAUUUGGCCCUAAGAGGCCACAGAGAAAGUAUCACUGAGAGUCAAAGAAACGCUGGAAAUUUAAUAGAACUUCUGAAGCUCAUCGCAGAAUUUGAUCCAAUUAUGAAUUGCCACCUUUCGUAUGUGCAGCAAAAUCCAGGAUCAACUACAUACCUUUCGCCAGAAAUUCAAAAUGAAUUUAUCCAGUUUCUAGCAGUUGUAGUUAGAGAAAAACUUGCGUGUGAUAUCCAACGUGCCAAAUACUAUGGUAUACUGUUUGAUUCAACUCCUGACGCUGCUAAUCAAGAGCAAAUGUCGGAAACUAUUAGAUAUGUAGAUAUUGGCUUUUAA